CUUUUGAAUUACCAUUUGAUAUUGAUGUUGUUGCUGCCGCUAUCAAUGACGAAGACGAUUCCAAAGUUUCCAGAACUGAUUUAAAAGUAGAAUGCAACUCGGCCGAUUCUAUUGGUCAUAACAUCGAAGGGACAAAGCCAAAAAUAUUACACUUAACAGCAGAGGAAGUAUCAGAAGACGAAUCUAUUGUAAUAUUGGCUUUGGCAUUAGAGGAAAUAUGUCUGGCUAAGGACACCAAGCGUUUAUUUAUUUAUAACACAUUACGUCAGAUGCACAUACUCCACAAGCUGCUUAUUUUAUUAGACAUGGAUUAUUUUUGUUAUGACGUGUCAACAGAUUGGAAGAUUUUAGAAAAUAAUAACACAAUAGCUGAAACCCCUCUACAGCGUGUCAGCUACAAUAUACUCACUACACAGGAGGGAAGUCGUGGUAUUGAAGCAGCUGAAUGCAUCUGCAUUAUUGAUAUCUACGACUGCAAUUUAAAACAUUUAACGUUGGAAGGUAUGUCAAGAGCGACGCAAGAAUUGCUUCUUGUUUCAACAUGCUGCAUUACGCAAUCAAAUAUGCCAAUAUCAUCAACUGGGCAAAUUAUUCGGGAACUAUUGUCUGAAUAUCUCAUAGAAAACCGUUUAACACGAGUUGCCAGUCCAAACCCGGAAGAACAAUGCACAGUAGAUCCAGUAAGUGAAGAUAAAAUAAUUUUAAACGUGAACUCUUUAUCUUGGCGUUAUAAAGAAAUGAUGAAGGCUAUUGAAUGUAUAGAUGGUCCUCAAGCACCAUCCACAGCUACAAACGUGCACGAAAUCGUACUGAAAAAUCUUUAUCCUCCUAAAAGAGUCAACAAUGUGAAGUGUGCGUAUUUAUCAAACACAACAUGUGAAGUAAGCUGGAGAAAUGAAGGCUACAUUUAUACAGUUAAAAAACAAAAAAACAACAGUUCCCUUUGGAAGAAUAUUGCAAGAAAUAUAACCUCUGCCAAAUAUAAAAUGGAGGAUGUAAUAAUUGAUGAAAACUACAAAUUUUGUGUUGUUGCUAGUAAUCAAGUUGGUCAAUCUGAUCACAGCAUUGUGUCUUAUUGCCACAGGCCUUUAUUUGCGGAAGGAGAAGAAGAUGAUGAAGAUGAAAAUAUCACUUUUGAAGAUAUCGAAGAACUGAUUUUCAGUGACGAUAUACGUGAAAUGAACCAUCUCCUUGCAUCUCACCCCAAGAUUGUCAUUAUGAGAGAUAACUUCGAACGCACCCCAUUGAUGUCAAUGGUACGUCGCAGCGACAAUACAGCAAUGGUGGAACUGUUGAUCGGAUUCGGAAGCGAUGUUUGGGCAGAAGAUGCAGGGAAAAGUAACAGCUAUCAUCUGGCAUCAUGGAGCAGUCAUCAUAAAGUGCUGAAAAUGUUAUGCAUGUAUGAUUCAUCAAACAUCAACCGCGGAGACCUUGAAAAUCGCACGCCGUUACAUUGGGCGGCAUUGUGUGGUAGCUUACAGUGCGUUGAUGUGUUGUUACGUCUCCAUGAUGUUGAUACCACUAUUAGAGAUGCAGAUAGACGAACUGCUUCUGAUGUUGCUGGAAUGUGGAGAAAGAAACAUAAUCGUCAGAAGAUUAGGAAAAUGAUUACAGAAUAUGAGGAAGCGAAGAAAUGAUGUGAUCGGAAAAUGAAAUAGAAUGUUGGAAUAGAAUGUUGGGUACGCAUCAUAUAAAUUUUACUUUAUAUACAACAAUGUAACAAGUAUUGUUCUGUUCUUUAGAAGAGGAACGUAUGCACAUUGUUUUAAACGAAAGUGUUGAAUCAACGAGACAAAAUACAGAUGAAAAAUUUGUAGUAUUUGUCCAUAUAUUCUCCAUAUGCUCCAUAUAUUCUAUAGUAUUUGCUAAUGAUAUACUACUAUAUAUGAAACUUGUAAAAAUAUUUUUAAAAUAAUUUGCAUAAAUAUUUGUAACUAUUUUUAUUUUUCUAUUAACAAAUAUAUACAAACAGUUAUCUUGUUUUGCAAACUAAACUUUUCUCAUGUGGUUGCAGCAGUUGUUCUGUUGACAUCGCAACAUCAUAGGGAUUUGUGAUGCAUACUCAAAUGCAGUAUGUUGUGGUCAGGAAUAUAUGAAGUUACAGCAGAAUACAUUUUCCCUUUUUCUUCUUUUUGACCUGAAGUGCAGCCCGUGUUGCAGUUUCAAAAACCUCACGUACACCUUCUUUAGAUAUAGCAGAACAUUCAAGGUAUGAAAAA